GGGUGAGCAAAAUUGUUCGUCCGCGAAGCUUCAAGGCCGUCUCUGUUGAACAAAUGACUGUGGAAUGGGAGCGUUUGAAAUGCUCAGAAAAUGGAGAGCGCCCAUGGAGAGCUCUCGAAUUCUACAGUGGUAUAGGCGGAAUGAGAUAUUCACUUGAUGAAGCUGCCGUGAAUGCUGUCGUAGUGGAAGCAUUCGACAUCAACGACGUCGCAAAUGAUGUUUAUGAGCAUAAUUUCGGCCACAGACCUCGUCAGGGUAACAUUCAGACUUUGAGUGCUGCUGAUCUUGAUGGCUACCAGGCAGAUGCAUGGCUUCUUUCUCCUCCUUGUCAACCAUACACUCGACAAGGCCUCCAGAAAGGUUCCAAGGAUGCACGUGCAGCCUCUUUUCUUAAAAUUCUGGAACUUAUACCUGAUGUAGAAAUGCCUCCACUUUUCCUUUUUGUGGAGAAUGUAGUAGGAUUUGAGAAAUCGGAUACACAUGAUAAAAUGAUGGAAAUCUUGGAGAAAAAUCAGUUUGUCACACAGGAAUUUAUCUUGAGCCCUUUGCAGUUUGGUCUUCCAUAUUCCAGGCCACGAUAUUACUGCUUGGCAAAAAGGAAACCUUUAACCUUCAGAAUUGCUAAACAUGACAACCAGCUUCUCUGGAACCCUGGUGCUUUAGUUUCGCAGGAUGAAAAUACUAUUGUCAAAGAUGAUCAGUCACAGGAGUACUGGGAUGAAGUGCUUCAGCACUGUCAGCCCAUAGAGAAUUUUCUUGAGUGGAAAAUUUCUGAAAAAGAAUGUGAAUCCAAGUCCCGUUUAUUAACUGCUAAUGAUUCUGAAAUGGAAAAUAAUGAUGAUGCAGAUAUUGAUCAUGGCAGUGGCUUUUCUAAUCACUACUUUGUUCCAUCAAACUUGGUGGACAGAUGGGGAAAUGCAAUGGAUAUUGUUUUCCCACAUUCAAAACGUUGUUGCUGCUUUACGAAAAGCUAUUAUCGAUAUGUUAAGGGAACAGGUUCCCUUCUAGCAACAAACCAGGGAAAUACAAAAAACACGACUGCCAAGACAUCAUUGAAGGAUUUAUGCCUCAGAUACUUCACCCCGAGGGAGGUUGCAAACUUGCACUCUUUUCCAUCGGAUUUCACGUUUCCCCAACACAUAAGCCUCAGACAGCGGUAUGCCUUGUUUGGGAAUAGUCUAAGCGUGGGAGUUGUUGCACCUUUGCUUAGGUAUCUAUUUACAGACCCUGCCUGCAACUCAAUUCAAGACAAGGUCCAUUAAUGAAGGAUUGAAGCCUUGAAGGUGCAAUAUCAAAUGCAAAUGUAGGGUGCCGAGAUAUAGAAUGUGCGUUAUCAGUGCAUUAUCUAUUUGGAUGGUUGUCUUUGAUGAAGAGCUGAUUAUGUCCUUGGUUUACAUAUAUGGUGUCCUUUUGUUGAAAAGUUGAAGUUGUCUAAAUUGGCAUCAAUGUAGUAAUAGUGGUAGACUGGUAGUUUGGGAAAUUAUUUUCUGUCGUCCGAUUUAACUCCAUCAGGAUUGCAAGAUGAAAUAGUCAAAUAGAUCAGCUUGUAAUUUAAUAUGCUCCAAAUGAAGAAGACAUUGCUUACCAAGGACAACCUACUAUUUCUUUUGAUGUGUGUAGCACAAGUUGAGAUUAUUUUCCUUGUUAAAGAUUUCCGAAGUUAAUACGGAGUAUAACAAUUAAAA